GUGCAGGUCAAACGGAUGCCCAGGAAGCCCAUCAAGGAAGAGAAGGCAUCCCCCUCGCCGAUGAGGAAGCGGGCUCCGUUGCAAAGACGACCAGUGCAGGUCAAGCGGAUGCCUCGCAAGCCUGCGCCGACAGAAGAGAUGCAGGAGGCGUUGGAAAAGGAAGCCGCCGAUGCACUCAAGGCCGUCGAGGUCGCUGUCCAGUUGGUCGAGCAGUACAAGAAAGAGUUGAACUCCGCCCGUCUGGCAGCCGAGGGCAACCAACAGGACCUCCUGGUGAGAGUCGCGCAACAGGCUUACGACCUCGCCAUGAAGGACAAGCAGUGGUCGGCAAGCAGUUUGCAGGAGAUCAUGGAGAAGCUGAAGCAAGCGAAGCAGCUUUCAGCGCUCAAAACCGAGAGCGAAGACGGCGAAGCACCGACGGUUCCAGUGAAGGAGGAGAUUCCGGACCACAUUCGCAGCAGGCUCGAGCCUCAGCUGUCCAGAAGGGUCAUCCUCAAGGCGAGAAAGCGUCUUCGACGAAUGUACAGCGACGACGAGUUCUCGGCUGAUGCAUCCAGCAAACGUCGAAGGAGGGCUUCACCGGAGAGGUGUUGUGCACGCCAGAUAUAUCUGCUGAGGGAGGCACAGAGAAGCUCCAACGAUUGGGAUCCGUCGUACCACAAUGCGGACGAGGUCCACAAAAAGUGGGGGCACUUGCUGCGGCUGGAGUCGCCGGACAGGCUCAUCUUCACCCACCAUCAGGUCUCCAAGACUUUCAGGAAUGGGCCUCACAGAGGGCAGCCCCUGCAGCGUUUGCUCUCCGAUCUGGAGGGGGGCGUCCUGGAAGCCCAGGACCUCACAGCCCUGGUAGGCCGGGUUGUGUUCGGGGUAUUCGUGGGCUUUAGACAUAGACUCAGGCGGAGGUUUUAA